CUAGUUAUUGGCUCCCGGCCUGUAAAAUAGCACAUGGGUAAACACCACUCCCUAAUGCAGUACCGACCGCUGGGUGUUGACCAAUCAUAUCGAGUGGUUCCCAUGACGAGUUAUGCGAAAUUCUUCAGCAGAGAGGGAAGUGCUGAUCGACUGCAUUAUACCAAGGAUACAGACAGGAGAGGAGACUAUAAGACAGUGUGUUUGCUGCAGCUCAGCGGUCUCAGGUCAAUGUAUCCUGUCACGCUGAUAGAUUGACAUGAUCCUAUAGUUCUACAUGACUUCUGUCUUUAACCGGACAAUAUGAGGAUUUAUUCGGUCUGCAUGUUAUGUUCACUAAUUAUAUCAUCAACCGCAAGUGACACAGGCGUUCAACCCAUUGUGGCCUUAGUUGGUGAUGACGUCAUCCUGCCUUGCACCCUGAGACACACCGUCAGUGCUGUGUAUCAGUCAAUAGAGUGGCAGAGACCGGACCUAAAACCAAAAGAGGUCCAUCUUUACAGAGAUGAGAAGGACGAUCUUGUGCUCCAGAAUCCAGUCUUCAGGGGAAGGACGUCACUGUUUAAAGAAGAACUAGAGAACGGCAACACUAGUUUAAAGUUGACCAGAGUGAAACUCUCUGAUGCUGGUAACUACACCUGUUACAUUCCACUGCUGAACCACCAGAAAACCAUCAUUCAACUCCUUGUUGGUGCUGUGUCCAGACCAGUUAUCAUCAUUGAGGGAAUGGAAGGCGAUGAGGUGGUCCUGCGGUGUGAGGCUGAAGGCUGCUACCCAGAGCCUGUCAUGGAGUGGUGUGACGCUCAGGGACGUGUCCUCCCUGCUGCUGGACCUACAGAGACGUCCAGAGACCGUGAAGGCUGCUACACUGUGACAAGCCAUGUCAUCGUCCCGAAGUCUGACAACAACACCUUCACCUGUCGCGUUCAACAGUUGGAGAUCAAACACAUGAAGGAGAGACGGGUUCAUGUUCCAGAUCAAAUGUUUCCUAAGACCUGCUGGCUGACAGUUCUUGUCACAGUUCUUGUCACAGUUCUUGUUGAAGCUGUAGCUGUAGGUCUCUACCUGUUGAUGAAAAAAUGGAUAUUGACCUUCAGAAAGGAGGCGUGGACGUCAUUAAUGAAGAACAAGGAGACGACGAAGAAUGAGGAAGAUGAGGCCAGUGUUCUCAGUCUGUCAUCGGUUUAAAUGUGAAAUGAUCUAUAAUAAUAGUAUGAUGUGCCAUUUAACAGACAUGUUUGGAUGGUCCCAGGAAUCAAACCCACUAUCCUGGAGUUACAAGGACCUUAACUAUGACUACAUUUCGUUGUAUCCAAUUGUUAGUAUUUACUAUCUUGUCUCAUCGCUACAUCUCCCGUACGGGCUCGGGAGAGACAAAGGUCGAAAGCCAUGCAUCCUCCGAAACACAACCCAACCAAGCCGCACUGCUUCUUAAUACAGCGCGCCUCCAACCCGGAAGCCAGCUGCACCAAUGUGUCGGAGGAAACACCGUGCACCUGGCGACCUGGACAGCGCGCACUGCGCCCGGCCCACCACAGAGUCGCCAGUGCGCGAUGAGACGAUGAGGAUAUCCCUACCGGCCAAACCCUCCCUAACCUGGACGACGCUGGGCCAAUUGUGCGUCGCCCCAUGGCGGCCGGCUUUGACAGAGCCUGGGCGGAACCCAGGGUCUCUGGUGGCACAGCUAGCACUGCGAUGCCUUAGACUACUGCGCCACCCUGGAGGCCCCCUAUAUGCCAUUUAACAGACAUGUUUGGAUGGUCCCAGGAAUCAAACCCACUAUCCUGGAGUUACAAGGACCUUAACUAUGACUAUAUAGGAAUAUGCAUAUAUUUACAUUUUAGUCAUUUAGCAGACGCUCUUAUCCAGAGCAACUUACAGGAACAAUUAGGGUUAAGUGCCUUGCUCAAGGGUACAUUGGCAGACUUUUCAUCUUGUUGGUUCAGGGAUUUGAACUAGUGACAUUGGUUACUGGCCCCACGCUCUUAACCAUUAGUCUACCUGCCACUCCAUAUAUAGCACUAGUCUACCUGCCACUCCAUAUAUGGCACUAGUCUACCUGCCACUCCAUAUAUGGCACUAGUCUACCUGCCACUCCAUAUAUGGCACUAGUCUACCUGCCACUCCAUAUAUGGCACUAUGUCAGAAGCAUUAGUUCUUUAUAUCAGACAUCUUUGGUGCAGUUUAUGUAGUCUGUAAUAGGUGCUGAUUUAUUUGACAGGGACAAUGCAUAUAGUGAAAGGACCAGCUAUUGCAUACAGAAGCAAUCAAUGCCUGGCUGAGUUGGUGAGAGACUUCUGUAUUGUCGGGGUCACGACAGAGGUCACACGUAGGGAGUUGCAGAAGGGACAGUCUUAUCAGGCUCUUCUCAGGUACUAAGAUUUGUCUCUGGGGUCGUAAUGACCUUUAUCUGUGCCAAAGAGGGGCAUUGUAACUUCACUGCCAAAAUCACCAGGUGCUCUUCUCUAUUACCUUAAAGGUAGACUAGAGAAGAAUGGGAGAAACUCCCCAAAUACAGGUGUGCCAAGCUUGUAGCGUCAUACCCAGGAAGACUCAAGUCUGUAAACGCUGCCAAAGGUGCUUCAACGAAGUACUGAGUA